AUGGGUUUCCGCACGGGACGGGUUUCGGAUCGCAACGGGUUUUGGGCAGACACGAGUUUCCGCACGAGAUGGGUUUCGGAUCGCAACGGGUUUUGGGCCGAGACGAGUUUCCGCAAGGGACGUGUUUCGGGUUGGGACGGUUUCGUUUCGGUUCGGUUUAUUCAGUUUCGUUUUGGUUCGGUUUCGAGUGACGAGGAAAGAAUAACCAAAGUUGCUACAAAUCACUUGAUUAGGUUGUGGUCAUUUGAAAUUCUGAAUCGGAGAUUAGGGUUCAGUACUUUAAUAUACCAUCGCGCAAUCUCAAUUGAUCAGGAUAAUCGAUUCAAUCAAGCAGGCUACAGGGGAGGGGCAAUCAGACUCUGCCACACCGCCAACUCGACACCGUAUCACGGUUCUGCUAAACUACUUGCUGAAACAUUCUAUUUGUUUAUCCAACUCAAGUCCCAGACACAGCUGCCUUCACGCAUUGCGUACCGCCACUAUGGUUUCUGGUACGUUCACUGCGUAAUUAUUGAGCAAAACCCCUUAAACUGCUGCAGUUGCAAUGAUGGAGAAGAAAAUGGACAUGCCAUUAGGCACAUGCUUUUUUGCGACUUGCGUCUAGGCCCCAGGCAAAGCCUAUGCACCUUGAGUGCGCCUAGCGCCUUUUCCUAUGUGAUUCGUCGAUUUGUUUGUUUUGAAGUCACGAGAUUUCGAGGUGAUGGCAACAUGUAAUAAACCAAUUCAGAAAACUGGAGGCAAAAAACACCGAAUCCUUUGGUUGAAGAGCUUAAGCUGAUGUCAAAGAAGUGAUUUUGCCUUUUAUUAAUUGCUCUUACAUCUUUGAUAAGUAUGGUUACGCGAUCUAUUUAAAUUAACAAUAAAUAUUAAUUUCAGGUUGAAUGCAGUGAGUUGGCUGAUGUGGCAAUACUAAGCGCAAGGAAUGACCAUAAAGUGUGAUAUAUGAUUACUAAGAAAGAUUUAACACAAGAAUCAUUUUACUUGCAGGAAGAUU